AUGAAUCCAACUGUCGCCCACCACCAAGAUCUUGGUCACAAGUCUUCUCGGUCGGGAUUGUGCGUGCUCGUGGUGGAUUCUAGUCGCGUAUGUCUUACAAUCACGUCAACAAUUCUUUCGAUUUACAAAUAUAAAGUUAUCGUUGCUCGAUAUGGUGUACAAGCCUUGUCUAUGAUACGACAAAGCAAGAUUAAGAUUGAUCUUGUCAUGACGGAGUUUCUCUUGCCCGACAUGUGUGGAAUUGAGUUAAUGGAAAAAGUCCGUGAAUUGAAAAAAAUGCCGAUUGUUUUUCUUUCUAGUUUUAGAAAUAUUGGAGAGAAAAUGCAAUGUUUGUCGAAAGGGGGUGAUUUUUGUUAUGAAAAACCGAUGUCCAUGAAGGAAGCAAAGUUGUUAUGGCAGUUUAAGAUUUUAAAUGUAAGAGGUACGACAUAUGGUAAUGUUAAGGAGUUGCCUUCGUUGAAACUAGAAGAGGUUGUCGAGGUCACCUCGAAGAAGAGGAGGAUCUUUUGGGCGACAGAAUUUUAUGGUAAAUCCAUUAAGGCUGGUGAAGGAACAAGCAUGAAAGAUGUUCGUGCCAAUAAUGCACCUAAAAUUGCGAAGAUCGACAAUCAAAUUUGUGGCAGCAUCUCAAGCCGUAUGCAGAACCGAAAGGAAGGUUUGCAACAUGCGGAUUCUAUAAAUGCAACUCGAAUCGAUACAACCUUAAGAUUACGUGUCGGAUCACAUGAAGAUCUUUGUAAUCUUAAAAAUACCCAAUUCAGAAGGACCGUUAAUGACAUCAAAAAACAAGAUGAUGCGAUCAAAAUCAAAGAGGAAAGUUUGUUAACUCUGAGUUUGCGCUUUGGAUCUCAGAUCUCCGACGAGAACAUGAACACUAACAGCAAAGUAGUCGAUGAUUCAAAAUUAGAGGCGAGUGAUGCUGCAAGUUCAAGCGCUGCACAAGAAGAUUGUGUGGCUUAUAACCCAAUUAAUCGUGGUCGGAUUCCAAGAAUGGGGAACAUUGAUCUAAUGAGCCAUCAUCAUGUCUAA